CCAGUGCUGCUGCCAUUUAGCAAGCGAAGCUGGUGUUUGUGACUUUGACUGGUAGGUGAUUUGGAAAUAAAACCGAAUCGCACGCAUGAUGCCUAGAAGCCGCUGCCUGGAUUAACAGUUUGUGUUUCUCGAUUUUCCGUUUUUGACUAGGUUUCUAGUAAUUUUUCCAGCUUCUUCACUUUUCCGAAUGUUUAGUCUUUGAACACAGCUCUCAUUUGUGGAGCGAGUUCUGAUUUUCGUCUGACAGCAGUCAUAACAUGGAGACCUCCUGAUCUUCCCCUGGAACGUUAACUGUGCAACCCAUUUUUUUAUCUGUCGCACGCGGUGUUUUCCCUUCUGAUCGCUCCUCCGACUCCAAGAUGAGCAAGAAGAAGUCCCUUUCGGCCUCCUCCCUGAGCCUGAGUCUGCCCUCCCCCGGGGACCCCUCCGUGGAGGAGAUCCCGCUGCCUUUAAUCCUGCGGCAGUCCUCCUACGCCGACAUCAAGACGGACCUGUUGCACUCCAUGCGGCGCUCCUCCCGCCUGUGCCUGCUGCAGUCGCAGAAGUGGGCGGCGGAGAUGCUGCGGCCCCUCCACAAGAUCAAGCUGCGCCCCGGGGUGCUGGCGGGGAUCAAGAGCCCCGUGGAGGGCGAGCAGGGGGAGGCCAAGUUCUGCGCCAAGCACUCCGCCUACCCCGCCAUCCUCAACGCCAUGCGCCGCUUCCAGUACGGGGAAGCGAUGGGAUACGCCCGGAUGCGCAGGAGCGAGUUCCGCCACUUCCCCGUGCUCCGCUUCUUCUACUUCUUCAACAAGUACCUCCACGGCCAGGCGCAGUGUCUCCAGAAUGCCCCGCAUCCACUGGAAUUUGAAUCCGUCGCCGAGACCGAUGUGCUCUAUUUGCAGAAUCUCCGUGGUGAGAUCAAAGAGGAGCUGGUGCAGCAGGGACUGGACCCGUUGAUGCGCUAUUUGUACGCGGUGAUCCUGCGGCAGUUGGGCUCGCAUUCGUUGGCCUGCGAGCAGUUGAUCGAAGCCAUCUCUCAUGAGCCGCGCCUGUGGUGUUUCUGGUUCGAGUUGGCCGACUGCAUUUUAACCCGUCGUGAUCUGGAGUUGAUCCUGCCGCGGUUGAGACCCCACUGGAUGCGGGACGUGUUCCUGGGGCGUUGCUACUACUUGCUGAACAUGACCGAGGAGGCCUUGGGCGUCUGCAAGUACCUGCGCCGCUCCUUGCUGGCCAACACGCCCCCCGUCCUGGCCCAACUGGCCCGCGUCGCCUACAACCGCAAGGACACCCUCGACACCGUCAAACUCAUGGACAAGCUCAGGCAUUUGUAUCCGGCCCGGCUGGACGACAUGGACUUCUACUCCAACGUCCUCUACGUCCGCGGCGAUAAGGUGCGCACCGAAAAAACGCGACUGGCGCGUUUAGCGCGCGAUCUGCACGAGAUUGACCGGUUGGCGCCGGAGACGAACGUGGCGGUGGGCAACUACCUGGGUCUGCGCGACCAGCACGACCGCGCCGUCGAGCACUUGACGCUGGCGAUCCGCGCCGUCCCCGAUUUAGCCCAGGCCUGGCUCUUCCUGGGGCACGAGUAUCUGGAGCUGAAGAACCAGCCGCGGGCGGUGGCCUGCCUGCAGCGGGCCGUGCAGGUGGACCCGCGCGAUUACAGGGCCUGGUUCGGACUGGGCAAGGUGCACGAGAGCGACAAGAAGUACUCGCUGGCCAUUUUGUACUUCCAGCGAUCAGCCGACAACGCCUUCCACGACCCCAAGCCCUGGUGUGCGCUCGGGGAUGUCUUCGUCAAGCUCAACCAGCCGGAAGACGCCGCUCGCGCCUACUGGCAGUCGUACCAGAACGGCGACAAGGAGGACGGGGCCAUGGGGAAGCUGGGUCGGGUGUUGAUUAAGAGCGAUGCUGCGAAGGCGGCCAUCGCGUUCCAGCGCUACAUCGCCGCCUGCGAGGAGGUGGUCGUCAAAGGCAAGGAGGACGUUAAUCGCAGUGUCUUCGCGGCGGAGCUGGGCGAGGCCUACUUGUUCUUGGCCCGACAGCAGCUGGAGGCCGGGAACACGGCGGAGGCCAGGGCCUGGGCCAGGAAGGCGCUGGGGAUCAGCGGGAUGGCCAAGGCCGUCUCCGAGUUCCUCCUGCGCGUCGACGGGAAGACGGAGCACGAGCGCAGCGUCAACAGCGACGCCAGCGCCAUGGAUCUCAACGUCACCGACAACUCCGCGGGCGUCGGGAUGGAGGGACUCAUCAGCGACGACGAGGAGAACCUCCCCUCCACCAUUGCCAGCUAAUCUACUUGCUGUAAUUUUUGUACUCGUACUUGUCAUGAUGGCACUUCGUUCAGCUUUUAAGCCAUGUACAGCGUAAGACCAAAGCUGUUGCCAUCGGUCAGUUUGUGUGCGGUUCGAAAAUCUAAGAAACUGUUAACGAAAGCACAACAAAAUUCACCUAAUCCUUCCAGUCCAGUGUAUAGAGCCGCAGAGGUGUGUAUGUGAAAGUCACUCGGUGCGUGCCGCUUUUCGCAGUAGUAAUCAAAGUAUGUUAGGAAAUG